AUGAAAGGCGACAGAAAACGAAAAAGUUCACAUUUUUUACCUGGUUAUGUAAAGAAAGUUAGUGAGGUGACACAAACUGACUACGACUAUGAUCUUCCAUCUACCUCUGCAGUGUAUGAAGACCAAGAAUUGAGCUAUGUGAAUAUUGAACUAGACUCUCCAGGUAGUCACAGGGUUUUACGACCAAGGCCUGAAAAAAAAGAAAGCAGUUUUGAUCAAAAUGAAAUCUCAGGCAACAGGAUAAUCAAUGUGGAAAAAAUGGUAGAAAUGUGGAAUAUAGCCAUUCAGACUCAUGCAGACGAAGAGGCCGAGGUGUGUGCAGUACCACAAUUUAAGAUCAACACAGAAGAAAAAUGGGGAAUUGGAUGGAAAUAUUCACUGAAAUGCCUCAAUUGUGGAUACAUCUCUCCUGUGGUGAAAUUAUACAAGGAAAUCACGACUGGCAAAAGAGGUAGGAAAGCAGCUGUAGUAAACAUCAACUUACAAGCUGGAUUGCUAGACAUGCCUUUAGGCAAUUCAAGGACUAGGCUUCUACUGGCAGAUUUAGACAUUCCCCCACCAGCUGAAAGUGGUAUGUCCAAGUUAUCCAGUUAUGUGAGUUCAAAGACAACUGACUUGAACAAUGAAAGCAUGAGAACUAAGGUGGAAGAGGUGAAAAAUGUCAAUAGACGAAGAGGUGCCUCCAACCCUAACGUGAUAAAUGGGGCUUUGGAUGGCCGGUACAAUUGUCUGACCAUAGGACACAGCAAGAAACCAGGACAAGGAGCAUCCCAAUCAAUCGGCAUUGCUUGUGAGACAAACACAGAUAAGAAAUAUAUCAUAAGUGCUGUGUUGCAAAAUAAACUUUGUUGGACUGGAGCGUGGCUAAGAAACACAGGCAUUACUGUCAACUGUCCAGGACACGAGGGAUGCACAGCAAAUCUGACAAGACAUGCACCUUUAUCUGAGAGAGAAAUGGGGAGAAUAAUUGGUGAAGAUUUAUCUAUUCAAGGGGUGCUCAUCAAGUUUGCCACAACAGACGGAGAUUCAACGUCAGCUACCGGAAUUGAAGAGGCAAUGAGAACUUUACAUCCUAUGUGGAAAGUUGAAAGACUAGCUGACCCAGCCCAUCUUAGUUCAUCUCAGUUUCGCCAAUGCUUUAAGGCUAAUUUUAGCGACGGAAUGUUCAGUGGCAAAACAAAAGUUGAAAAAACAAAUCAAAAGAAAACUUUGAGCCAGGACAUAAAAUCUAGGUGUAGCCUUGUGAUCAAAGAGAUGUACUCUACUUACUGCGGAGAUGUGGACAAACUGAAAAAACAGCUACCGAAAAUACUACAAGCAACUGUUAUGUGCUACGAUGGAGACUGUUCCAAGUGCCGUUCCAACUCUGUGGUCUGUAGUGGCGGUCACAGCAACAACUGGUGGAAUCGAUCCAUGUUUCUGGCUUCAAACAACUUAACGAGCCUGGAAAUGAAUGACAAUGAUAAGUUUCUGUUAAAUGAACUUUUAAAAACAAGAUUAAGUGAGGAAGCCAUUGACAAAACCCGUUAUAAGACUGACACUCAAAAAUGUGAGUCAAUAAAUCGUUCCAUAAACAUUUCGCUUCCAAAGAGUGUCAAAUAUGGAAGAAAUGCUAUGGGGCGGCUAUCAUCGACCUUUCUUCGAUCAAAUAUUGGGAUAAAGGAGGCAACACAGACAAAAGCAGAGUUUUUAGGGGCAAAAUUGUCCCCUAAGAGUUUACAAGCACUAAGCAGUAUUCAGAAAAAAUCAGUGUUCCUUAGAGAUUAUGAAACAAGACCAGAAGUUAAGAGAAGAAAGCUUCUCGCUCGAGGAAGAAAUAUCCAUGAAUUUGCAAAAUAUAAAAAAUUCAAUUCAACUGACAGUGGGUACAGAAAAGGACAAUUAGACAAAAUUUUACCUAGUGCUUCGCAGCAGUUGGAUGAUGAUCAUUCUUAUUCACAUUCGAAAUGA